AUGAAGACGGGGCAGACAGGGCUUUGCAUGAAGCCGCUGAUCAUGGCGGCCUCUUUGGCCGUAGACAGCGCCCUAGGCGUCGUCUACUUUCCGCUUGCGGCUAGCCUCACUCCGAGCAAUGAAGACCUCGAAGAGUUUGGUGUUUUCAGCGGUGACGACACAACGACAAAGGCGCACUCCCUGGCAGACUACGCCAUCACGCUCUCCGUCGCUUUGGUGGUGGCCGUGAUCUCGGAGAUCAUCUGCCCUGAAGGUUAUGCAUGCAUCCUUUCCAGCGCUGUCGCCGUGGCGCUGGCAGCCAUCCCAGGGGCUCAGGAGCGGUUUGCUUCUGGCGAAGCCCUCGGAUGGCCCCUGCUGUACAUCUACUUCGCUUCCGCCGGCUUUACGGUGGGGGCGGUGGAAUUCCUGACGCUCAUCAAGUUCAGUCCUCUAAUUGAUUUCGGUAUCGCCCUCUACGGCUUGCACCUUUGUGUGCUGCUCGCAGCGGGGCGCUUCUUGGGUCUCUCCCGACCGGAGCUGCUG